AUGACGCGUUGUAAUUUAUGUUGUAUCGAUGUGUCGUUUGCGGCGAGGAUAAUCGGAGCAUAUACGAUGUCCGUUACGAUUUUGUUAAUAAACGUAUUGGUAAGUAACUUUUUUUCAAGAAAAGAAGAUGGUGAUUUUUUCGAAUCUGUCAAGACUUGGGCUAUACUAGGAUUAAAUUGGAUGCAAAUAAUACAAAAGUGCACAGGGGUGAAGUAUAAAGCGGAAAGUGCCUUGAUAUCCUUCAUCAUAUAUGCCGGCUUGUUUCUGUCGGCUAGCAUAUUCCUUACUAUAGGAUCGCUAUCGAAGAAACAUACGGCCGCCGCAGCCGUGCCUUGGAUGUAUUUACAAAUGUGCAGCGUAAUAGAUCAGGCCGUGUCGCUAUCUAAUCAUAUAAUACAUGAUCAACGGACUACAUUAUAUUUUUGGUAUACUACAGUAUGCAGCGUCUAUUUGAUGUUGAGCGUGUAUUUCUGGAUGGUUGUGGAAGCAGCUCGAAAUCAAUGGUACAACGAGCAAAUUGAGAAUGCAAAUUGCGGAUCAAUCGUGUUAGACACCGUGUCAACGACCACGAGUAGCAAUCUGAAGUCACCGUCCUUUCUCUCGCAAAAUUUUUCGAUGUUUGAACAAUCGCGUCCGUCGACGAUUUUGCCUAUAUAGCAGGAAGUCCGAUGAAGAAGCACGAACAAUCCUGAAACGAUCCUGAUAGUUGGACUUGCCGCCCGAGGUAAACUUGCCAGAACUUACAGAGAAUUGAGGACGAUAUUUACAGAACAAUACGAAAAGAAGACUGAGAAGUUCCUUUCUUAAUACUUCAUUAUUGUUAUAACUUACAAAGCGGUACAACCAUUUUAUACAAUAUUAUUGAUGCCUUCUUUAGACAAUUCAAAAUUGUU